AUGUGGAUGAAUUUAGUGCAGGAUCCAGCCGGGAUCUUCGAGCUGGUCGAACUGGUUGGAAAUGGCACCUACGGACAGGUUUACAAGGGUCGCCACGUUAAAACAGGACAGCUGGCAGCCAUCAAGGUCAUGGACGUCACCGGAGAUGAGGAGGAGGAGAUUAAAGCUGAGAUCAACAUGCUCAAGAAAUACAGCCACCACAGAAACAUAGCCACGUACUACGGCGCCUUCGUCAAGAAAAACCCUCCAGGAAUGGACGACCAGCUCUGGCUGGUGAUGGAGUUCUGUGGCGCCGGAUCCAUCACAGAUCUGAUCAAAAACACCAAAGGGAACUCACUGAAGGAGGAAUGGAUCGCAUACGUGUGCAGAGAAAUACUACGGGGUCUGACCCAUCUGCACCAGCACAAAGUCAUCCACAGAGACAUCAAGGGCCAGAACGUGCUGCUGACGGAAAACGCAGAGGUCAAACUUGUGGACUUUGGUGUGAGCGCUCAGCUGGACCGGACAGUGGGCCGCAGGAACACGUUUAUCGGAACGCCGUACUGGAUGGCCCCCGAGGUCAUCGCCUGCGACGAGAAUCCAGACGCCACAUACGACUUCAAGAGCGAUCUGUGGUCCCUCGGCAUCACCGCGAUAGAGAUGGCAGAGGGAGCACCCCCUCUCUGCGACAUGCAUCCAAUGAGAGCGCUCUUCCUCAUCCCCAGAAACCCCGCCCCCAGACUCAAGUCCAAGAAAUGGUCCAAGAAGUUCCAGUCGUUCAUCGACAGCUGCCUGAUGAAGAGCCACAGUCAGAGACCCAGCACAGAGCAGCUCCUCAAACACCCCUUCAUCAGAGACCUGCCCAACGAGAGGCAGGUGCGGAUCCAGCUCAAAGACCACAUCGACCGCACCAAGAAGAGGAGGGGGGAGAGGGAUGAGACCGAGUAUGAAUACAGCGGCAGCGAAGAGGAAGACGAGGAGAGAGACGUCGGAGAGCCCAGCUCUAUCAUAAACAUCCCUGGGGAGUCCACUCUGAGGCGGGACUUCCUGCGUCUGCAGCUGGCCAAUAAGGAGCGCUCUGAGCUGAUCCGCCGCCAGCAGCUGGAGCAGCAGCAGAACGAGGAGCACAAGAGGCAGCUGCUGGCGGAGAGACAGAAACGCAUCGAGGAGCAGAAGGAGCAGAGGCGGAGGCUGGAGGAGCAACAGCGGCGUGAGCGAGAUAUGAGGAAGCAGCAGGAGCGCGAGCAGAGGAGGAGGUACGAGGAGAUGGAGCAGAUCCGGAGGGAGGAGGAGCGGAGGCACGCCGAGAGGGAGCAGAUGAAAAAUGUAAUGCCGUACUGUGGAGCAUUCCAGGCUAAACAACAGCUUUUGGAUGGAGCCAAGCAAAAAGCCGAGGAAGAGGAAAAGGAGUACAUCCGCAGGCAGCUGGAGGAGGAGCAGAGGCAACUGGAGAUCCUGCAACAACAGCUUUUACAGGAGCAGGCCCUGCUUCUGGAGUACAAGAGAAAGCAGAUCGAGGAGCAGCGUCAGGCCGAGCGUCUGCAGAGGCAGCUGCAGCAGGAGAGGGCUUACCUGGUCUCACUCCAGCAGCAGCAAGAGACCAGACCCCAGGACAAGAAACAGCUUUACCACUACAAAGACCAGGCCCCCGGGAAUAACGACAAGCCGACCUGGGCCCAAGAGGUGAUGCGUCGAGCCCAGAGCAACUCUCCUCGCAUUCCCCCCAAGAAACACCACUCCUUCAAGCAGCCGCGCGACCCUCAUCAGCUGGAGAGCCUGCUGCAGCUGCCCGGAUACAAACCCCGCCCUCGCCCGCCUUCUUACCCCGUCCACGGCAGCCCAUCGCGGGAAAACCACCACUUACCCCUCAUACGCAUCACUUGCAUGCCAGAGGGGGCCACUAGGGGGAGCAGUCCUGCGAGCUCCAGAGAAGGAAAGGAGAAAGUGUGGGAAGCUAGGCCGCGCAGUGCAGAAGUUAGCGGGUGGAACGCAGACCCCAGGGGAUCUCCGGAUAACGCGAAUCAAAGAGGGGGGAGUAACGGGUUGAAAGCGAGCCAAAAUCGCGAGAAAGGGAUCGGAAACGAUGACAGACCGCGCAGCGCAGAGUGGAAAGCAUGGAGCCCAGACCGCAGAUCCAGAAGUCCAGACCACGUAGAUUUAAAAAGGCGUAGUUUUGAGUUGAGAGAUAAUAGGGAAAGGAGGUUUAGUCCAGAUGUGAGGGGGAGGAGCCCGGGUUCGAGAGGAGGGAGUGCGAGGGAGAGAGGGUGGAGCCCGGAUGUGACGAGAGACUGGAGUCCAGACUCGAGGGGAAGGAGUCCAGGGCGUCGGCACAAAGUUUCAAACCGGAUUUCGGACCCGGCGCUGCCCCCGCGUUCCGAGUCCUUCAGCAGCAGUAUUCAGCAGGCCCGGACCCCCCCAAUGCACCGCGCCGUGGAACCACAGAUGGCUCACCUGGUCCAAGUGAAGAGCCAUGGUUUGUCUGGCUCUCAGUCGCUGUAUGACCCCCACGGCGUGACGUCAGUGUCCCCCUCGCGGCCCCCCAUGCCCCGCCAGAACUCGGACCCCACCUCAGACACGCCCCCUGCCCCGCCCCUCUCCCGCCUGGCCCCGCCCCUCGACUGGCUGAGGCAGGAUGACGACACGCCACCCAAGGUUCCUCAAAGGACGACCUCAAUCUCUCCGGCUCUCGUCCGAAAACACUCCCCAGGAAACGGUCCAGGACUGGGGCCUCGGCCUGGGGCCCACCUCAUACGAGCCAGCAACCCGGACCUGCGGAGGACGGACGUUUCCAUGGAUACGCCCCUGAAGAGGACGAGCAGCGGCAGUUCCUCGAGCUCCAGCACCCCGAGCUCCCAGGGCGGCUCCAACGAGCGCGGUAAACACGAAGUCUCCACUCUGCCGCGCUCCCACGACUCUAAAGAGGUGACCCGCCCCAGUCGACCCGCUAGCUAUAAGAGAGCAGUGGACGAGGAGGAUCUGGACCUGACGGCGUUGGCCAAAGAGCUGCGAGAGCUGCGUCAGGGGGAGGAGACGAGCCGGCCGCCUGUGAAAGUGACAGAUUAUUCUUCCUCCAGUGAAGAGUCCCACAGCAGCGAAGACGAGGAGGGGGAGGGAGGAGCCAACGACGGCUCUGUUGCCGUGAGCGACAUCCCACGCAUCAUGCCGGCAGCGAGUCAGGGCCAAAACGAGUCGAUAGGAGGCUCGGUGGGACAGAACGAUUCUCACAGCGAUUCAUUUGGAAACAGCUCGCAGGACUCCACACUCAUGAUGAGAGAGUUUGGGACCAACAGCAGCGGGGGGUCCAAAUCCUCCUUCACCCCGUUUGUGGACCCCAGAGUCUACGGGACGUCCCCCACCGAGGAGGACGAGAACCACUCUGCUGCAGCGUUCGCAGACGAGCUUUUGAAGGCCGAGCUGGAGCAGGCGCGACUGAACGAGGCUCGAAAGAUCUCUGUGGUGAACGUCAACCCCACAAACAUCCGUCCCCAUAGCGACACGCCCGAAAUCAGGAAGUACAAGAAGCGCUUCAACUCCGAGAUCCUCUGCGCCGCACUCUGGGGGGUGAAUCUCUUGGUGGGGACAGAGAACGGGCUGAUGCUGCUGGACCGGAGCGGACAGGGCAAAGUCUAUAACCUCAUCAACAGAAGGCGCUUUCAGCAGAUGGACGUCCUGGAGGGGCUGAACGUCCUCGUCACCAUCUCAGGGAAGAAGAACAAACUGCGUGUGUACUACCUGUCCUGGCUCCGAAACCGGAUCCUCCACAAUGACCCAGAGGUGGAGAAGAAGCAAGGCUGGAUCACUGUGGGCGAGCUGGAGGGAUGUGUGCACUACAAAGUCGUAAAAUACGAGAGGAUCAAAUUCUUGGUGAUCGCUUUGAAAAACGCGGUGGAGAUUUACGCCUGGGCUCCAAAACCUUACCACAAGUUCAUGGCCUUCAAGUCCUUCACCGAGCUGCAGCACCGCCCCCUGCUGGUCGACCUCACCGUGGAAGAGGGCCAGAGAUUGAAAGUCAUUUACGGGUCCACGGUGGGGUUCCAUGUGAUCGACGUGGACUCGGGAAACCCCUACGACAUCUACAUCCCCUCACACAUCCAGGGCCAAGUGACACCUCACGCCAUCGUGAUCUUGCCGAAGACUGACGGGAUGGAGAUGCUGCUGUGCUACGAGGACGAGGGAGUUUACGUGAACACUUACGGCAGGAUCACCAAGGACGUGGUUCUACAGUGGGGAGAGAUGCCCACCUCUGUCGCUUACAUCCACUCGAACCAGAUCAUGGGCUGGGGGGAGAAGGCCAUAGAGAUCAGGUCUGUGGAGACGGGGCACCUGGAUGGAGUCUUCAUGCACAAAAGAGCUCAGAGACUCAAGUUUCUGUCGGAGAGAAACGACAAAGUUUUCUUUGCGUCGGUGCGGUCCGGAGGCAGUAGUCAAGUCUUCUUCAUGACUUUGAACCGGAGCUCGAUGAUGAACUGGUAA